AUGGUGGCCAAGAGCGUGUUAUCGGACUUGAACAUUCCGGCGGUGGCGGAUCCCCCUUGCGUUGGCAACAACCUGCAGGACCGUCCUACGACGUCUGGGGUGGCGGCCGGGGUGCUUGUCGUGCCUCCUGGAAACACGGCCCCACAGCUCCAACUCACGUUCUUCCCUAAGGACACGGAGCCUCAGUGGAGGUUGGAGGAGGUGCCCCAAAGCCGAGUCGUCAUCACGACCGCCCUCUUGGCCCCGAAAGCGAGAAUCCGCGCCGUGGUCAAGUUAAGCGACGUCGACAUCCCUGUGCAAGUCGAGCCAGUGAUUCUUCAGGCCACCGACGAACACUAG